AUGUCCAAUCGACCGCCUUUCCGCUUGGCGGACAGACCGUCGCGUCAUAUCUCGGGUGUCUUCGACAGCCCUCCACCGAACGAAGCCAUCUGGAAGAAAUUCUCACCUGCAACCCAAUCACCGGAACAAGCAACGACAAUUCUCGCUUUCCCUUGCUUGCGAUUGGUCAACGUGCGUAUUGUUACGUUUCGACCUCUGGUGGGCACGCUUGUCUGCGCUCGCUACACGAUGCGUUGGUCUUCCGCGUACGCUACCGCCAUUGCGAUGGGAGUAUGGACCUCCCAUCUAUAUUCGAUCGCUGCCUUUGUGCCGUCAUCUGUGCGUUCCGCUUCAUCAACCUCGGCUCUUCGCGUUGGAAACCUUGGUUGGGACAACGAGAACUUCCUCGAGUCGCUCGGUAACGGGGACGAAGCGGUGAACGAGGCGAAUGAGCGCUACUACGCACAGUCGCGUUUCGGACAUCCCGACGAAUGGGACAAGGACCAGGAAGAAUCCCCUACCCCGAAAGCUCCGAAUGCGAAGAACGGGACAAUGGGUGCGGAGCUUACGGAGGAAAUGAAAGCCAAAGUCAAGGCAUCGCAUACUCCGGAAGAAGAGGCGUCGCAGGGCGGGAAAAUGUUCCGCGAACUCUUGAAAAAGGCGCAAGACGGUACGUCGUUGAAACCUCCGCCCCAACCUCCCGUGGUGCCGCAGUCUCCGGUGGCGAGUACACCAUCGGAUACGUCGCAGCUUUCGGUCGAACAACAAGCCGCACUCUUUCGGCAAAUGAUGCAGCAACAGCAACAAUCACCGCCCCCGCCUCCGGUGGCUCCAGCCUACACCUCACCACCGAAUUACAGUACCAUGCCGGCCGCGCGGCAACCGAUUGGGAAUGAUGUCGCUGCGGAUGGACGGCGAAUUGGUCGUAACCGCGACGCGGACGCCAUUGUGAACUCGGCGGACGUUUAUUUUGCCCAACUCAAGCGCGAUUCCACUAUUCGUAACGACGCCCGUCUCACCGGCGAUGCGGACAAGGCCAACCAAGUAUUCGUCGACCCUUCUAUUCGGGAGAUUCAAAUGCACACCAAUCCUUACAUGGAAGAAGCACGCGCCAAGGAAAAGGCCAUGCUCGAAACCUCUGUGGACGAAAUACUUGAUCCGCGUAUGUUCGCGGCCCCUCCGCCCAAGCCGAAAUCGUAUUCCGGAGUCUCGUACAAGGAAAAGUUGGAAAGGAAACGGGCGCAAAUAAAUACCUCCAGCGGUACGAACUCGGACGUUUCUGCGGAAACCAAAGCCUCCACGUCGACACAGUCACCGGUGCAACCAGCCAAGAAAGAAGACACCCCGCCGAAAGACCCCGAAAUUAUACCGACGCCUAGUCAGCCUGUCGCUACCGAAUCAGCCAAAGACACGUGGGCCGAGAAGCUCGUGACACCUUCCAGUACGAGCAUGUCUGCUUCCCGAACGACCGCGGACACCGUAUCUCGUCCGGCUGCUGGCUCGGACGCCAUGCGUGCCGAUCUGCGUACCGUCAUGGGAUUGUUGUGCAAGCAUCGGGGCGGUCCAGGGUUCGGUGUUGGGCGCAUAAUCGGCGCCGAAAGGGCACGAUUCGAAUCAUUGGUCCAAGCCGUGACUGGUACCCUGCGAGAAGAAGCUUUGCUGUAUCCUGAUUCCGAAUUGGACGGAGAGGGUAUUGACUUGCAAAUUGCCAAGCAAAAUGCUCCGACCUUAGCAGUGUCAUCGCUGCCGACGCCAGCUUCUGAUUCGGUGGCUGCUUCUUCGUCUUCCGUGAAUGUGGAUGGCAUGAUUGCCUGUAUUGAAGGAGCUAUACUUAUGUACAAGAACAGUCCUCCGGAACUCCUCGAGUCCGUAUUGGUGACAUUGCGGGCGGCGUUACUGUCAGCAGUCAAUACCUGCAACAUCGUUGUGGGCGACUCUGCUCCAACGCCUACCGUGCCUUCCAGCGACUCCUCCGUUCAAUCAAACCCGGCUCGAAUUCAGUCCAUGGUGGCAUGUAUGGAAGGCGCCAUUGUUAUGUACAAGAAUAGUCCGGCCGACAUUCAAUCAAGUGUUUUGAUCACCUUACGUGCAGCAUUGCUGGCUGCUGUAAAUACGUGCAACACUAUCUUGGCAGAAAAAGAGAUUGAAAAUGUACAGGCCUACCAGGCGGCCGCCACAAGCGCUGGCGUCACGGCCGAACCCAAAUCCAAAACCAAGCCCGAGUUUUACAACGUUGUGUCUUCGAACGAAGCAGGAGAUACAGAAGCUACGCCAGCGGAAUCUGCGUCGGCGCCGCUAAAGAUGUCGUAUUCGGGGAACGAUCCAAAUUCAAUAAUGAUGAAGGCUGUGUUUGAGAAAUUAAGUGCGGCAGUGGGGAGCGGAAAGAUGGGAUUGCGCGAAGACCUGAAACCUGAGGAAGCCUCGUCUCUCGCCGACGAUAUUGCCGACAUGCGAGUUUUAUUAGUAGACGAGCUUGACAAUGGAAUUCCCGAGAGCAACGGGGGAAAUACAGAAAUGCCAAAUACCUCCGAAGACUCGUCAUCUAAGUACCAGCAAAUGCUAGCCAAAGCACGAGCAGACAAAACAGCGAAAAAGAAGGACGAAUAGGUACCAAUACAUGAACGAUUUGUGAACGGUUCAAAGUCGAACCGUGCGGCACUAGCUAAAAACGCAGUAAAUUAAAACUUGUACCGAGACUUUU